ACGGGCGAAAUUCGCGGACGCGGAUUCGCCGCUGGUUACGCGUUAGUGCGCGCCAACAUAUCGCGCGCCGCCACGGGCUGCUUUGGUGUCGGAAGAACGAAAACAAUAAUCAGCUGAUUCAGCGACGCGGUGAUGCAGGGACGUGGGAGGGGGGAGAGAACGGCGAGAGAGAGAGAGAGAGAUCGGUCCCGCGAUCGGAAACAAAAUGCGAACGUUCUUUGCUGCCAUUCAAAUUUGCACAAUUCAUUUUGCGCAAAAACAAGCUGCAAGAUGCGAAGAGUAAACACUUCCAGUAGAUGCUGCAUAUGAGGAAAAGGAGAACGCCUUUCUAGCGCAACACUGAACGCAAUUUUUUUUCCUAAGCCGCAUACAUUAAGCCGGUCUCACGAUGUUCACCGUGACCUGCUUUAAUUUAAUCGUAAUUGUGCUGAUACACAACACCGUCGCACGUCCUAAUUUCUUACUGAUUAUUGUCGAUGAUCUAAGGACCACUCUGAGAUGUUACGGUGACGCAAAUGCGUACACGCCGAAUAUAGAUGGCUUGGCUAAGGACAGCAUUAUCUUCAACGAAGCAUUCGCACAGCAAGCCUUAUGCGCGCCCAGCAGGAACUCCUUCCUGACGAGCAGAAGACCAGACACUCUUCGACUUUACGAUUUCUAUAAUUACUGGCGUGAUACAGUUGGUAAUUACACCACAUUACCGGAACACUUGAAGAACAAUGGAUACACCACGAUGUCCAUAGGGAAGGUAUUCCAUCCAGGUAUAAGUUCGAAUGGAUCCGACGACAGUCCUUAUUCCUGGACUGAGAAGCCUUUUCAUCCAUAUACAAAUCGGUACAAAAAUGCUCCUGUCUGCAAGACAACUUCGCAGUCAGAAGCGGCAACCAAUCUCAUAUGUCCGGUAUACGUCUCGGCCAUGCCAAACAAAACAUUGCCCGACAUCGAGACGUUGCGAGAAGCGAGGAAAUUCAUACGCAAGCAUAGAAGAGAUUCGAAUCCUUUCUUCCUGGCUGUCGGCUUUCAAAAACCUCAUGUACCGCUCAAGUAUCCUCAACGCUAUCUAAAGUACCAUCCGAUACAAAAAUUCAAGAUGCCUGAGCCGUAUCUGUGGCCAGACGACGUGAAUAAUGUUGCUUAUAAUCCCUGGACCGAUCUUCGAUGGAGAAGAGACGUGGCGAAGUUGAAACUGAAGUUUCCGUGGGAAAGAAUACCAGAGAAAUUUGGUAAGCUAAUUGUCCAAUCGUACUACGCGGCCGUGUCUUACAUCGACAAUAUGAUCGGCAAGCUCAUACAUCAGCUGCACGUUUCAAUGAUUCGAGAGAAUACUAUCGUAAUAUUAACAUCUGAUCACGGCUGGGCACUCGGGGAACACGCCACUUGGUCUAAAUAUAGCAACUUUGACGUUGCUGUGCAUGUACCUCUGAUAAUAUCGAUUCCAGCAGUCACAUUUAGCAUUGAUAAUUACAGCGAAUAUGCAAAAUCUGCAGAUCGCGCGAAAUAUAACGCAGCAGUGAGGAGCGGUGGUGGAUUUGGGAAUAAAACCGACUCGAAAUACAUGAUGUUGAAAUACGUCAGAAAGAUCGGCGCUUGGAAAACGUACAAAAAUACGGAAUACAUAAUCAAAGGUGAAAAGACUUUCCCGGGCAUUCAACAGAAAUGCAACAAAUGCGCGGAGAGCGGCGCAGUGAAUUCUAAAAAUUGUCGAGCGACAAACGCUGUCGUGGAACUCGUCGAUAUAUUUCCGACGAUCGCAGAUCUGGCAGGUGUUCCCAUACCGGUGUGCCAAACUAAUGAUCAACACUCGAGAAAUAUUUCCGCAUAUCGAAAGGAAGCGUCGAAUCCUUGCAGCGAGGGUAUCACGCUUUUACCGCUUAUAAAAAGUACGCUAAGGUGUCAGAAUACAUCUUGGAAGGAGGCGGCGUUCAGCCAAUACCCGAGACCGGGAAUUCAACCUACGUUACAUCCCAACAGCGAUAAGCCUCGUUUGAAAGACAUAAAUAUAAUGGGUUACACUUUGAAGACCGGCGAUUAUCGAUACACCGCGUGGAUACCGUUCGCGCACGAGACGUGCAAACCAGAUUGGGAUAUCAUUAUCGCAGAGGAACUGUACGAUCACAGAACUGACAGAGCGGAAGAUUUCAACAUAGUGGCUUCGCCGAAAAUGCUAAGCACGAAAAAAUAUCUUAGAUCAUUGUUAAGAAAAGGAUGGAGAAAUGCUCUUCCAAGAUCUUCAAAAUCUCAACACUAAUAUUUUCAUAUAACAUCAAACUAAAUAACGCAUUUAGCAUUGCAUCGCUGUGUUAUAGAUAUUUA